GUUGAAUGUUGUUUUGGCCAAAAACAGUGUCGUGUUUUACUCAAUCUACGCACUUCUCAGCCAUUUGAAGAAGUAUUGGAAGAUUUGGGUCAAGUACUGAAAAUUAAUGGCGCCAAGAAAAUGUAUACGGGCACAGGACAAGAGGUACGCAGUUUCUCCCAACUACGUAAUGAAUUUGCCGAUGUGGAUACUUUUUAUUUGGCCACUGGUACUGCUCUUAUUGCCGGCUCUCCUAUAAGACGUUCUAGGUCUAGGCCCUCCGUAAUGGCAGCCGCUCCUAUUUUACCAACAGAAGAUCUUCCAAAGGUUCCUUUACGUGGUGCUAGACCACGCAGUAAAAGUCGUCCUCGCAUAUUAUAUGCUCCUGAAAGUGAAAUAUUACGCACAAAUGGUGAAUACACCAUGUUGGAUAUGAUGAAAGAGGAUCCCACCAAAGUGACUAUAAGGGGUCUACGAAGAACAUUCUAUCCACCAGCACAUCAUGCACCAGCUGAUAAUACACCACCAGAUAAGAAAUUACAAUUGCAAUGGGUUCAUGGCUAUCGCGGCAUAGAUGCACGUCGUAAUUUAUGGGUCUUACCCUCAGGUGAACUUUUGUAUUAUGUGGCCGCUGUGGCGGUUUUAUUGGAUCGUGAUGAAGAUGCCCAGCGUCAUUAUACCGGACAUACAGAAGAUAUUAUGUGCAUGGACGUUCAUCCUUCCCGUGAACUGGUGGCAUCCGGCCAAAAAGCCGGACGAGAUCGUAAAUCGCAAGCUCAUGUACGCAUAUGGAGUACAGAAUCUUUGCAAACUUUAUAUGUUUUCGGAAUGGGAGAAUUAGAUACGGGUGUUACAGCAGUAGCCUUUUCGCAAUUAAAUGGAGGCAGUUAUAUUUUGGCAGUAGACAGUGGGCGUGAAAGUAUACUCUCAGUAUGGCAGUGGCAAUGGGGUCAUCUAUUGGGCAAAGUAGCGACCUUACAAGAGGGUCUUUCUGGUGCAGCCUUUCAUCCUCUCGAUGAUAAUCUUAUAAUUACUCAUGGUCGUGGUCAUUUGGCCUUUUGGCAUCGUCGUAAAGAUGGUUUCUUUGAACGCACCGAUAUUGUUAAGCAGCCUUCACGAUCUCAUGUCACUAGUGUACAAUUUGAACCGGAUGGUGAUGUUAUAACAGCGGACUCAGAUGGUUUUAUAACCAUAUACUCGGUGGACUCGGAUGGUGCGUAUUUUGUGCGCACCGAAUUUGAGGCCCAUACCAAGGGUAUUGGCUGUCUGAUAAUGCUGGGCGAGGGCACUUUAUUGUCGGGUGGUGAGAAGGAUAGAAAAAUAGCAGCCUGGGACUCUUUGCAGAAUUAUAAGAAAAUAGCAGAUACCAAGCUACCCGAAUCCGCUGGCGGAGUACGUACUAUAUAUCCCCAACGACCUGGGCGCAAUGAUGGUAAUAUCUAUGUGGGCACCACACGCAACAACAUUUUGGAAGGUUCUCUCCAAAGACGUUUUACACAAGUUGUUUUUGGUCACGGCCGCCAGCUGUGGGGUUUGGCUGCCCAUCCCGAUGAUGAUUUAUUCGCUACUGCGGGUCAUGAUAAACAUAUUGCUCUGUGGCGCAAGAGUAAACUUAUAUGGACCAUACAGACAGGCUAUGAAUGUGUAUCGUUGGCUUUUCAUCCCUUUGGUACGGCCCUGGCUGCUGGCAGCACUGAGGGUCAUUUGUUAGUCAUUAAUUGUGAGAAUGGUGCGGUGAUGCUGACGCUAAGAGUGUGUGGUUCGCCGAUUAAUUGUGUGGCCUUUAAUCAGGUUGGCGAUAUGAUUGCCAUGGGUUCCCAAAAUGGCAGCAUUUAUUUAUUCCGUGUUUCGCGCGAUGGUUUCUCCUACAAAAAGGUCAACAAAAUACGCGGUUCCCAACCACUUACCCACUUAGAUUGGAGCAUGGAUGGCAAUUUUGUACAGACAGUAACCAUAGAUUUUGAUUUACUUUUCUGGGAUGCCAAAUCCCUUAGUCCCGAACGUAGUCCCAUAGCGAUGAAAGAUGUCAAAUGGUUGACAAGUAAUUGUACGGUGGGCUUCCUAGUGGCCGGACAAUGGAGCAAUCGCUAUUACAGCAAUAGCAAUACUAUAAUAGCUACCUGUAGUCGUUCGGCGGCACAAGAUAUGUUGGUCUCUGGCGAUGCUGAUGGUUAUAUAAGAUUAUUUAGAUAUCCUUGCAUAAGUCCUCGUGCUGAAUUUCACGAGGCCAAAGUCUAUUCGGGCAUGGUGGCCUGUGCACGUUUCUUGUUUGGCGAUCAAACUAUUGUUACUGUGGGUGGCACCGAUGCCUCUUUAAUGGUUUGGGAUUUGGUUGAAGAAUAGCUGAAAUGGCCACCAUGGCGUACAACUGUACAGUAUGAGUCCCGCUAUUCCGACUACUGGCGUCGUCGCACCUCCAAACAAUCCUCCACCAAUUUGGAUAGUGAUUCUUUGGAAUACCAGUAGUAGCAAUAGCCCGCCCCCCCAAAAUAAGAAGAAAAACCUCGUAUUGCAUUUUUUAUUUAAAAACAACUAAACAAGAGGCUUUUUUAAAAGUAAUUUGAAAUUUGAAGAAAAAAACAACUUCCA